GAUAUUAGUAUAUUUACAGUAUAUUAGUAAUUAAACACUUUAAAAUUCAUUUAUUAAAUAUUGAGAGAUAUAAAUAAACAAAGAAUGUGUUAAUUAGAAGAAAAGAAACCUACUAUUGGCAGAUAUGCUCCUCCCCUAUAGUGAAGCUCCUCCCCCUUCACUUCAGCUAUAAAUACUGGAAUAUUCCCAUCAGUCCACAAGUGAAGACGAGCUUCAGACCAUCAGGAGGAAGUGAAAUCUGCAAAGACAGAGUUUAUUGAAGGACAGAGAGAACAUGAGUGAUCCAGAACCCUGCAGAAUUGAACUGGAAGACACUGAAGAACAAACAGACCUAAAAGAGAAUGAGAAGAGCACUGGCGAUAAACUUUUUGGAGACGAGAAGUACUUCACUUGCAGUCAGUGCGGAAAGAGUUUGCGGAGCAAAAACAGUCUUAAGAUUCACAUGAGGAUUCACACUGGAGAGAGACCAUUCACCUGUACUCAGUGUGGGAAGAGUUUCACAGUAUCAUCACACCUUAAUCAACACAUGAUGAUUCACACUGGAGAGAGACCAUGGACAUGUACUCAGUGUGGGAAGAGUUUCAGAGAAUCAUCACACCUUAUUCGACACAUGAUGAUUCACACUGGAGAGAAAACACACAAAUGUGAUCAAUGCGGCAAAACAUUUUAUAGGGCUCCAUAUCUGAAGGUCCAUCUUAGAGUUCACACAAAGGAGAAACCUUAUAUCUGUUCUGAGUGUGGAAAGAGUUUUACACAGAAGACAAAUUUAAGGAAACAUCAGAAGAUCCACACUGGUGUGAAAGAGUAUAUGUGCUUUGAAUGUGAGAAGACUUUUAUUACAGCCGGAGAAUUGAAACUGCACCAGAGGAUUCACACUGGAGAGAAACCUUACAAGUGUUUACACUGCGACAAGAGAUUCAGUCAGUCAGUAAGCCUGAAAACACAUGAGCGUAUUCACACUGGAGAGAAACCUUACAAGUGUUCACACUGCGACAAGAGAUUCAGUCAGUCAGUAAGCCUGAAAACACAUGAGCGUAUUCACACUGGAGAGAAACCUUACAAGUGUUCACACUGCGACAAGACAUUCAGUCAGUCAGGAAGCCUGAAAAAACAUGAAAAGAUUCACACUGGAGAGAAACCGUACACAUGUGAUCAGUGUCUGAAGAGUUUCUCACAUGCUUCAUAUCUGAAGAUCCAUCUUAGAGUUCAUACAAAGGAGAAACCUUAUAUCUGUUCUGAAUGUGGAAAGAGUUUUACACAGAAGGCACAUUUAAGAGAACAUGAGAAGAUCCACUCUGGUGUGAGAGAGUAUAUGUGCUUUGAGUGUGAGAAGACUUUUAUUACAGCUGAACAAUUGAAACAGCACCAGAGGACUCACACUGGAGAGAAACCUUACAAGUGUUCACACUGCGACAAGAGAUUCAGUCAGUCAGGAAGCCUGAAAACACAUCAAAUGAUUCACACUGGAGAGAAACCAUAUACAUGUUCACACUGCGACAAGAGAUUCAGGCAGUCAGGAGAGCUGAAAACACAUGAGAGGAUUCACACUGGAGAGAAACCAUAUACAUGUUUACACUGCGACAAGAGAUUCAGUCGGCCAGGAGACCUGAAAACACAUGAGAGGAUUCACACUGGAGAGAAACCAUAUACGUGUUCACACUGCGACAAGAGAUUCAGUCAGUUGAGACAUCUGAAAACACAUGAGGGGAUUCACACUGGAGAGAAACCAUAUACAUGUUUACACUGCGACAAGAGAUUUAGGCGGUCAGGAGGCCUGAAAACACAUGAGAGGAUUCACACUGGAGGGAAACCAUAUACGUGUUCACACUGCGACAAGAGAUUCAGUCAGUUGAGACAUCUGAAAACACAUGAGGGGAUUCACACUGGAGAGAAACCAUAUACAUGUUCACACUGCGACAAGAGAUUCAGGCAGUCAGGAGACCUGAAAACACAUGAGAGGAUUCACACUGGAGAGAAACCAUAUAUGUGUUCACACUGCGACAAGAGAUUCAGGCAGUCAGGAAGCCUGAAAACACAUGAGAGGAUUCACACUGGAGAGAAACCGUACAAGUGUUUACAGUGUGAGAAGAGAUUCAGUAAGCCAGAAAACCUGAAAACACACAAAAGGAUUCACACUGGAGAGAAACCGUACACAUGUGAUCAGUGUCUGAAGAGUUUCACACAGUUGUGUGAUCUUAAGAGACACAUGAAAAUCCACACUGGAGAAAAGCAGCACAUGUGACAUCAAUGCAGCAAAACAGUUUCUCAUCUGGAACGAGUGUUUAAUGUCAGAACAUGAGAAAAUACAAGUGUGAGAAACUGAGUGUGAAAAGUCUGUCCAUUUGUUUUGUGUAUAUCGUUUCAUCAAUGUUUUUUAUCUUAUCAUGAUAUGUAAAUAAUUCAUAUUGAUUUUGAUGCAAUUCAAGCAGAAGCCACAGGGUGGCACAAUAAAAACAGUUCAAGCAUCUUGCAAAAACCUAA